AUGAACACCGCUCGUGUCGCCCGUCUUGGCCUGCGUGCCACCCAGCAGUUCUCCGUCCCUCGCUCUGCCGCUCUCAACGGCUUGAGGACUUAUGCUACCCCGGCUCAGAACGUCAAGCCCCCCGUGGCUCUCUUCGGCGUUGAUGGAACCUAUGCCACUGCUCUGUACACUGCCUCUGCCAAGUCCUCCACUCUCGACCAGACCUCCAAGGCUCUCUCCAGCCUCGGUCAGACCUUCAAGGCCGACCGCAAGCUGACCGGCCUCAUCGCUGCCCCCACCCUCUCCGCCAGCGACAAGCAGCAGAUUAUCCAGGAGCUCCAGAAAAUCGCCGGUAGCGACAAGGGCGACAUCAUCAAGAACUUCCUGGAGACUCUGGCUGAGAACAACCGUCUCGGCCUCCUUGAGGGCAUCUGCGAGAAGUUCGAGACCCUGAUGGGUGCUCACCGUGGUGAGAUGGAGGUUACCAUCACCAGUGCCCAGGAACUCGACAACAAGACCAUCAACCGCCUUGAGAAGGCCGUUUCCAAGAACGAGCUCAGCCAGGGCAAGAAGCUCAAGAUCGUUACUAAGGUCAACCCCGACAUCGUCGGUGGCCUCGUCCUGGAGAUCGGCGACCGCACCAUCGACCUCAGCGUCUCGUCCAAGAUCGCCAAGCUCAACAAGGCCCUUACCGAUGUUCUGUAG